CACUAGAAACUAAGCAUUUAGCAAGAGGGACCUGUGAGGAAUAGAGGACGUUUAAAGAACUCAAGUGAGCUGAAUGAGGGAAGAUGUGUUUUGCAGGGCUGUUACUGGUUGUGUUGGCUUUGACGUCUAAAUCCUGGGCUGAUACUGAAGCAAACGGUACUGCAAUCAGCCAGGACCAGGAUCAGGACCAGGAUCAGGAUCAGACUACAUCAGACAUACAGAAUGACUCGGAUAAUAUAAGAAGAGGAGACACUCCGGAGAUAGAGGAACCUGAACCAACAACUGCCUACACCGACUAUGAGAACAACUACAACUACGUGUUGUCCAGGUUAGCAGCAAUGGACCAGGCCAUCCACAAGCUAAACGUGGGCCACUACACACUAGACGUGAAGGUCACCCAGCUGCUGGACAGGGUAGUACGGCUGGAGAGCAAACUGGUAAACGUAGAGGACUCUGUCCAGGAUGUCUCAGCUUUCUGCAAAAACAACCGCAAAGAAAUCGGCCGUCUGGAAGGCUGUGUUAAGGGCCGGAAGGUUGGCAGCAAAUGCUUCAUGAUGUACCGCAUUUAUGAGAACUACGCUGGCACAUCUCAGAAAUGCCAGGAGCGUGGAGGGCGCAUGGCAAUGCCGCGGGACCGGCGUGAGCAGGAGGCGUUGGCUGAGUACGUGAAGCAGGCAUUGCCCGGUGGGAACUGGCCCGUGUGGUUGGGCAUUAAUGACUUGCGCUCUGAGGGUCUCUACCUGUUUGAGGACAGCACACGGGUCACCUACUUCCAGUGGAGGAAACACUUCCUGUCCAGUCAGCCGGACGGCGGGAAACGUGAGAACUGCGUGGCCAUGUCCUCUGAUGACGGAGACUGGUGGGAUAACUACUGCGACCGGCGCAUGUACUAUCUGUGCGAGUUCGAUGCUUGACCGUGUGAUCCUGACUGGGUUACAGCGUGAGGUUUUUCUUGUGUAAAGUUUUGAGGAGCAGCUAGUUGGUUUGUUUGUUUGCCGCACUUGUAGCUUAGGAAAGAAAGAAAAGCUUUCUUUACUGCCAUAACGAAGGGUUUCUCACACCCUGGAUGGAUUCAGUAGUAUUUAAUAGUACUUGAUGUUGAUCUCUGUAUUGUUCUGCAAUGUACCAAGGAUAUAAAUAAAUAUCACUUAUUUUGA